AACCUGCAACUAUCGAUAAUUAUCGAUAGGUUUCCCAUCCCUAAUUUUAUCGUAAAUAUAUUUUUAUAAAAUAAAAAAAACGUUUUGUUAUUCGUUGUUCCAGUUACACAAAUUUAUCAUGGCGCUGUUCAGAUUAUUCCAAACUUUUACUUUGAGCCGCGUUACAAGUGACGUACGACUGGUACAAAGCUGUGGUAUUUCUUUGGAAAAUCUAGCCAAGGUGAUGAACAAACCAAAACCUGGAACGGGAAAAGCUUACCGCCGUAUUGUUCAUUAUCUGGAUCAGUACACCGUAGAGCCAUUAAAAGUUACAAAUCUUGCCGGAAGAGAUCCUGACAGUGGCCGAUUGAUAGCCAAAGGAAUCGGCGGUGGAAUAAAGCAUAAGUUUCAUUGGAUUAAAUGGGUUCGUGAUGGACCUUUGGAAGGUCCACCUCAAAUAGAAAAAGUAAUUGAUGUAAUUAAUGAUGGUUGCCGUACAGCUAAAGUAGCUCUGGUGGCAGUUGGUAAUGAACUGAAAUAUAUUUUAGCUACGGAAAAUAUGAAAGCCGGAGACCUAAUAAAAUCUUCUCGGUUGAUUCCUAGAAUCCCAGUUCGUGCAAACGAGGGCGAUGCUUAUCCGCUUGGCGCUCUGCAGGUUGGCACGCUAGUACAUUGCUUAGAGAAAUACCCGGGUCAACCAUGCCAUCUAAUCCAUUCAGCAGGAACUUACGGAACAAUUCUUCGAAAGUUUGGCGAUCUGGUAGUAGUGCAACUUCCUUCAAAACAGGAAUUUGCAUUUAAACGAACUUGUAUGGCUACAGUUGGAAGGGUUUCUAACAUACACCACAACAAAACACCGAUUGGUUCUGCUCAAAAAAAUCGAGAGCUAGGUAAUCGACCUAGAUCAGGUUUAUGGCAAAGAAAGGACGGCCGACAUGGUAGAAAAAUUCGAAGGCUUCCUCCCAUGCGAGUUAUAUCAACUCCCCCAAAGCCGCAACCCGAAGCAGUACAUUUCACAGUGAAUGCCUAGGUUCAAGCUCUCGUAUUGAAAAAAAUAUACAACUUUAAGUGCAGUUAAACAUAUUUUUUAAUUGUGUCUAGUGAGAUCCUAAAGUAAAUUUAUGGAUGACA